CAGCGAUACUUUUUCUCAAAUAAAUCCGUAUAUGUGAUGUUCAAUGUCGUCAAUUUAUAAAAUGCACGCCAUUGGUCAGUCCUGGGGUUCAGAGGUUGAUAUGUAAAUAUACAACAUGGCGGCCCCCAUAGACGACAUGUUUUCUCGCUGCGUGGACCCUGGCAAAAUUAGUAAUUGCGUAGAGGUCCGAUUUAUCGACAAUGUCAAGGGAAAAGGAUUAUUCGCCAAAAGACCUUUCAAAAAGGGUGAUACUAUUUUUACUGAGCAACCUCUAGUCUCAUCACAGUUCUUGUGGAAUGCCUUGUACAAAUACAGAGCAUGUGAAUACUGUCUCCAUGCUCUGGAGACAGCAGAGGAGAAUGCCAGGAGGUUGAGUGGUCUGCCAGGUCUGAGUCUGCCCCAUCCUGAGCUGUGUAAAGUGCGACCUGACCGACACCAGGCCUGUCCACAGUGUCCGGUGAUGUAUUGUAGUGCUGAGUGCCGGCAAGCUGCUUGGGAGCAGUACCACAAGGUCCUGUGUCUCGGCCCCUCCCACGAUGACCCAGAUCAUCCAAUCAAUAAGCUGCAGGAUGCAUGGAGGAGUGUGCACUAUCCUCCAGAAACCUCCAGUAUCAUGCUAAUGGCUAGGAUGGUGGCCACCAUCAAGCAGGCUCAAGACAAGGGACGCUGGCAGAGGCUGUUCUCUAACUUUUGUAGUUGUACAGCAAAUGAAGAGGAGGAGAUAGUUCAUAAAUUGUUGGGAGAGAAGUUUCAGGGACAGCUGGCCUUGCUGCGUAAUCUAUUUACCACAGCUCUGCAAGAUGAUCAUCUGAGUCAGUGGUUCACUCCAGAGGGAUUUCGCUCUCUCUUUUCACUUAUUGGGACCAACGGUCAGGGUAUUGGUACCAGUUCACUCAGUCAGUGGGUUCAUGCAUGUGAUGCACUGGAGCUUUCCGGCCAGCAGAGGGAGCAUCUGGAUGCUUUUAUUGACCAGCUGUACAAGGACAUUGACAAAGAAACCGGUGAUUUCCUCAACUGCGAGGGCUCUGGUCUUUUCCUGCUUCAAAGCUCAUGUAACCACAGCUGCGUUCCCAAUGCCGAGGCCUCAUUCCCUGACAACAACAACCUCCUGCACCUCAGCGCCCUCAGUGACAUCAGCCCUGGAGAGGAAAUUUGCAUCAGCUACCUGGACUGCUGCCAGCGAGACAGGAGUCGUCAUAGCCGGCACAAGAUCUUGAGGGAAAAUUAUUUAUUCAUCUGUUCCUGUCAGAAGUGCAUGUCCCAGAUGAAUGAUGCAGAUAUGACAUCAGAGGAUGAAGAGGAAGUGGAAGGAGAGGGCGAGACAGAGGGAGACGAUAUGGAGGAUGAAAUGACAGAUGUGUGAUUCUGUUCGGCUUUUCUUGACCCACUCAACCCGUCACCUGUUUAUAUGUGGACAUUUCCAACACCUUGAUCCAGUUGUCACAAUAUCUACAGCAGUAUAAAGAAAACAAAACUCACAGUAGCAGUGCAGUUGUUCGGCUGUCAUAACCUUAAUAUCAAAGCCUAUGCAAAAUAGAAGCGCAGUAUAUUUUUAUCAUGUGCUUUCUUGUCAUGAAUUUCUACCAUUUCUGUGACAUUUGGUUUCUUAUUCUCUCAUACAAUGUACGUUUUAUGAUGUUUAUAGAGUUGCCCAUUGUCUGGUUACAUGUACAACUUUUAAACUAGAGGAAAAUCACUAUUGGUUUAAACUGAUGGAAAGGUUGUUUUUGAAAUCAUGAUGUGGUUGUUAAAAGAAUAUUCUGUGAUCAAUACAAGUUAAGCUCAAUUGACA